UGUCCACAGUGAACAUCCAGGAUGGCAGAGAUUAUUUUGACUCUCUUGUUUCUGGGGUUUCCGCUUUACCACGCCGAAGAGCACUUUGUUAACGAGCUGUACACCCUGAUAGAGAAGGGCCAGAGCAGCUUUGUGGAUCCGGCUCUGAGCAACCAGACCAGGCUGGUGGUGAAAGAGCCUUCCCUGCCCAUCAAUGAACCUCUGGAGAAAAGCAGCAAGGCCAGCGAGUCCAAAUUUGCCCUGCAUCCUCAUCCUCCAGCCGUGUGGCCCAAGCACAGGGACCUGGCCCCUGUCCCUCGCCACCACACUCCCCACAACAAGAGCAAGAAAGGCCCCAAGAGUGACCGUCUGCUGGAGCACAACAGCGAGAAAACCAGGGGCGAGGCCACUGGUCUGCUUCCCAAAACCUCAUUGACGGGAUCCACAGCAGCUGCCUCCAACCGCACCAUGCAGAGAAGCAACCAGGACACCCAGUCUAACGUCAGUCCUCCUCAGCAGAGUGAACCAGAAGGACACCCCAACUCCAGACCCAGAGGCCCCCCCCACACACAGCCUCAGACCCAGCUGCACCAACCUGCUCCCCCUCCACGGAGAGAUCACCCCAACCGACGGCUGGACCCGGAGGAAAACCGGCCCGGGAAGUCCAGUCUCUACCAGUCAGGUAUCAGUGCAGCAGCCCGGAACAACAGUCGCCCGCCUGUCACCUUCAACCGACGCUCCUCCAGUCUCAUCUACCAGUUCGACAUCAUGAGGCGAGAGUCCGACUUGACACACGACGCCUUCUGCAUGAGCGAGUGCAGGAAGGAGAAGGAGGAGAGAGAGCAUUACUGUUACAGUGAGUUUGCUGUCAAUGGGAUAGUCCACGACAUUGAUGUGUUGCGGAAAGGGAUUUGGCUCAUCACACUGAUGGUGAGCAGUGACGGUUUCUACAAGAUGAGCCGUCUCUACGUGACCCCGGACAGUUUCUUCUUCAAAGUCCGCCUCCUGGUGCUGGACACAUUCAAGUGCAGCAAACCUUGUCCUGAUAUCAAACUCGGGACCAGAUACAUAAUAAUGGGGCAGAUCUUCCACCGCAGGCGCCACCUCCCCACUGACCUCCUGAACCUGCUGGCGGGAAAACUGAAGCCUGGAGACGGACUUCUGCGUAGCAACAGCUACGUGAAGAGGUUCAACAAGCGGAGACACCAGAAAGCCCUGGACGCCACCCGCUCCAGGUGUAGGUGAACCAAACACCAGACAAUUGCGCCCCCUCUGUUGGGGAAGAGACUCUACAAUUUGCCGGAACUGAUCCACACAGGGGCCUUGUUGUUGUUGUACAGCGAACAGGGACAUUCACCUUCAUAUAUGGACUGCUACAGUGCAUCAUACUUUAACAGAAUAUGUUGAAAGACGGAGAUAUAUUUUAUUAUUUUUCAUCAUGUGGGAUUUUGUUUUUUUUAAUUAUUCAUGUGUGUUUAAGAAUCGCAGAUCUGUCCUGAGAAAGAAACAGUAUCAUCUUUGAUUUCACUGUACAAUAUUUAAUCUCGCUGGUCUCUAUCUUAUUACUUAUUUACGAAAUUCAAAAUGUUGUAUUGCACUGAAUACUAUUGUUAUAUAACACCCAGUCCUGUACAUGAUGUCCAUGUGGUUGUUAUUGGUUGGCAGGAAAUGCACUAUUAUUGUAACAGUGACCGGGGGAAGGAGGGAAUGGUGGGCCUUGACAUGCAGGAGGAGGAGGGAGGAAAAGGGAGCAAGGGAGAGAGCACAGGACCUCGACUUGUCAUGAGAGAAGCUUAUUUUUCUAACUAUAAUCAUGUGUCCAAGAUGAAAUGUUUGCCCGACAUCAAACAAGCCCACUCCGAAUGAGGAAGGAGAGUAUUGUUGUAGGGUCUAAGCCAUAAGCCUAAUCGCAGGAAUCUGAUCCUCUCUGCACCUGGACACAUGAUGAUGCAGAAAAGUGCCUCCUCUUUGGGACUGCUCUUGUUUUCUUGCUUACACACAAACACACACUCCUUUGGGUAAGGCCAGAGCUCAGAUGUGGUAUUUAAAGUAUUUGGGCAGAAAUCAAAAAGGAGAGAAAGAGGGAGGCAAGGGGCCCCGAGAUGGAGGAAGAAUAAAGACGGUUGUGUAAAAUGGCACAGGAAGAGGGAUUCAGGCAGGAGAGAGGAUGUCAGGUCUGUCUUUCUGAAGAAGAGGCGUCUUAUUUAAUCACAAAUCCCUGAGCUCAUGCUUCAUAUGAAAGGAGAAAUAUUUGCACUGAAUGCUGAUAUUGCUUUAUAAUACAAAAAAACCCAAUAAAAUGUGCAUUUGUUUUGUA